AUGGUUGAAACUAACGAUGAUCAUCUGAAACGACUUGGUAUCAAUAUGAAUAAUCUAGAAAGAGAGAUGAAUUCAGCUAUUGCAAAAGAAUCCAGAUAUUGGCUUGAAAAUGAUGCAAAAAUUAGAGCAGUUCAACAAGGUGUUCCAACAUAUGAUGAUUUUAGAGAACUUGUAGCUGGAUGUCAUUUAAAACCUUUAGAACGAUCAAAAUUAAUUAACUCAACUGGUCAAAAAUCUUCAUGGAAUAGUUCUACAACAUUACUCAAUAACAAUAGCAUGCCUUACGAAGAACCUAAAAUGAACUCGAAGAUACAGCAGCAGCAGCAUACGAAGACUAUAACUACUCCACAGGAAUUCAUUAUACACUGGCGCCAUAUUAAAUCAUCAACAAUUUUAACUGAUAAAGAUAAAGAGAAUUCUUUAAUAGAAUUAUUAUUUCAUCAAAGUAAUGAACUAUUAGAAAAUCUUUUUAACACUGGACUAGGUGUUUCAUUCUUACCUGAUAUACUCUCAAUAUUGGAUCAUGCUAUUGUUAAUACAGAGAUUAUGUCAUUAGAUGAUAAUAAUCGUAGUUCAAUAAUUGAUAAAAUUUUUUUCAUCUUAAAAAAUUUUCAAAAAUCUAAACAAUUCCUUGUAGCAGUAGACUGUUUAGUAGAUAGUGAAAUAGAAAUAGCACAUCAGUUUCUUCAUCGACUUUACUGUAUUGGAAGUAAAUUGAAAGUUUUUGAAGAACAAGAAGAAAAUUUAAAGAAGAUCUUUGAAACUUUUCAUUAUAAUAUUGAUUCAACUAAAUUUACUUGA